CUCGCCCCCCGCCCCCCCCCCGCGCUCACUUGCACUCACACCCGGGCGCAGGAGGCGGGCGGCCCGGGCCCCACCGGCCCCCCAUGGACGCCCCCGGCACGGGGCGCUGAGACCCCGCGUCGCUGCCCAGCCCUGUCCAGCGCGCCACGCCGAGGGACUUCUGGACAAGACUCCAAAGCCACUCCCCCAGCCUGAGACCUCUCCUCACAUCCAGCUUGCCCUCAGCCCUGCCACCUGCCACUCCCUGGCCCCUCUCACCGCCCGCCCCCCUUGGGGCGCAGGGCAUGGUGUGAAAGGCCAAGUGUUGAAGGGGGCACCAUGGGUGCUGUGCCCUAGGGCCUGGGUGGCAGGGGGUGGGCAGCCUGUGGGUGUGCCGGGGGGGCCAUUGUGCCCACCCCAGUCUCUUGGCGUGCUGGAGGGCAUCCUGGAUGGAAUUGAAGUGAAUGGAACAGAAGCCAAGCAAGGUGGAGUGUGGGUCAGACCCAGAGGAGAACAGUGCCAGGUCACCAGAUGGAAAGCGAAAAAGAAAAAACGGCCAAUGUUCCCUGAAAACCAGCAUGUCAGGGUAUAUCCCUAGUUACCUGGACAAAGACGAGCAGUGUGUCGUGUGUGGGGACAAGGCAACCGGUUAUCACUACCGCUGCAUCACUUGUGAGGGCUGCAAGGGCUUCUUUCGCCGCACAAUCCAGAAGAACCUCCAUCCCACCUACUCCUGCAAAUAUGACAGCUGCUGUGUCAUUGACAAGAUCACUCGCAACCAGUGCCAGCUGUGUCGCUUCAAGAAGUGCAUCGCCGUGGGCAUGGCCAUGGACUUGGUUCUAGAUGACUCAAAGCGGGUGGCCAAGCGCAAGCUGAUUGAGCAGAACCGGGAGCGGCGACGGAAGGAGGAGAUGAUCCGAUCACUGCAGCAGCGACCAGAGCCCACUCCCGAAGAGUGGGACCUGAUCCAUGUUGCCACAGAAGCCCAUCGCAGCACGAAUGCCCAGGGCAGCCACUGGAAGCAGAGGCGGAAAUUCCUGCCGGAUGACAUCGGCCAGUCACCCAUCGUCUCCAUGCCUGAUGGAGACAAGGUGGACCUAGAGGCCUUCAGCGAGUUUACCAAGAUCAUCACCCCGGCCAUCACCCGUGUGGUGGACUUUGCCAAAAAACUGCCCAUGUUCUCCGAGCUGCCUUGCGAAGACCAGAUCAUCCUCCUGAAGGGGUGCUGCAUGGAGAUCAUGUCCCUGCGGGCGGCUGUCCGCUAUGACCCCGAGAGCGAUACCCUGACGCUGAGCGGGGAGAUGGCCGUCAAGCGGGAGCAGCUCAAGAAUGGCGGCCUGGGCGUAGUCUCUGACGCCAUCUUUGAACUGGGCAAGUCACUCUCUGCCUUUAACCUGGAUGAUACGGAAGUGGCUCUGCUGCAGGCUGUGCUGCUAAUGUCAACAGACCGCUCGGGCCUGCUGUGUGUGGACAAGAUUGAGAAGAGUCAGGAGGCGUACCUGCUGGCGUUCGAGCACUACGUGAACCACCGCAAACACAACAUUCCGCACUUCUGGCCCAAGCUGCUGAUGAAGGUGACUGACCUCCGCAUGAUCGGGGCCUGCCACGCCAGCCGCUUCCUCCACAUGAAAGUCGAGUGCCCCACCGAACUGUUCCCCCCACUCUUCCUCGAGGUCUUUGAGGAUCAGGAAGUCUAAAGCCUCAGGCGGCCAGAGGGUGUGCGGAGCUGGUGGGGAGGAGCCUGGAGAGAAGGGGCAGAGCUGGGGGGCUGAGGGAGGCCCCCCACCCCUCUUCUCUCCUUCCUCUCAUCCUCGGAUAGAUUCAGCUCCCACACACACACCCUACACUGCCCGUCCCUCCUCAGAACCUCCAGCCCUGGGACAGGGCAAACACAUGAACUUGCUAUGAAAAGGACAGUGUGGGAGGCUGGAGGACCGUGUCCUGCAGUUCCCAGGACCCCAUCCUCUAAGGUAGGGGAAGGGAGGGACAUCUAAGAGGGGACAAGCCAUCUUGACCGUAGGGGACGGAGGAAUGUGGGGUGGGGGAAGAUGCCCUCAACUCAGCCCCUACACACACACAAGAGAGAGCCCCCCUGCACAGUUCCUCGACUGAGGUUCCCCCUCCAGGCUAAGGGCCUCUCUGCUUCCCCAGAUGCCUGGGUGCAAAGAAAGGCUUGGCUUGGCUCCUCCCCCUGGAGGUUAAAAAUUAGUCAUUCUAACUGCACUUUGGAAACCAGGCAAGGGGAGAAGUAAAAUGAAGAAAAACUAGACAGAGAGAAAAAGAAAAAAAGAGAAUGAGCGAUUGAUAGAGAGAGAGAGAUGAUAUUAAGUUAUUAACCGAGGCUGGCCCCCUACCACCCCUAAGCACUUUGAGAGCUGCCCCUCCUCCCCCCAAUCAGAGAGAACUGCCCCACAUACCAGGUCCCCAAGGGCAGGGCUGCCGAUCAGAGCUGUGAGUUAACACAACAGGGUCCUGGCCAUCCCUCCUUGCCUUGCCCCUCCCCCUGUCCCCCUUCGGCAACCCCUGCCCAGUGCUCCCUCUGCUCUCUGCCACUUGUGCCCGCUGAGUUCCAUCUACCUCUCAUGCUGGAUGCCAGCUGGCCCCUCACCAGCCUGCCCUGCUGCCCACACAGCUCCCCUUUCAAGUGCCCAGCCCCAGGGGCCUCUCCCUGCCCCCCCACUCCUUCCACACCUUGGCACCCACACAGGAAAAACUGUGGCUCAAGCUCCUGCCCUCCUCACACCUGCAGUAUUAGCUACAAUCCAGAUGCUGCUGCACUGGGGGGCGUGGGGGUGUGCGUGAGCUUCUCCCAGAGCCUCACCCUCCUUAGGACCCUGUCCCCAUCUGUCUUCUGGGCUCUCUCUAACCUCUGCCCUCUUCCUUCCCCACUCCCACUCAAUGCACUAACCCAGACUCUGGGCGGGCAGGCACCAGAACAGGGGUGCCUAGAUAAAUGGCACUUAGUUGGGGCCCCAGGGGAGGGGGCAGUUGGUGCUCCUCCUUUUUUCUUUGAAGCUCUUUAGGCCAGCUGCCCCUCUGCCCCUGGGACCCCCUUCCCCUCUUCUUUUCUCUAAUUCAGGGACUUUGGCUUGAGCCACCUCCCACCCUCCUGGUGAGGAGUGCUCUGUUGGUCUGCACUUGGGUGAGCUGCCCUCCUCCUCUUCCUUUUGGCUAUCGCCCACUGCCCACUCCACAGGGGAGAGAGUGAGGGAGGAGGUAGCCCUCCCAUAGGUGGG